CCCUGGUUUAAGACCCAAACCCUAGCCAUUUUUUUUCCGACGAACCUCUUCUCUAAGACGUUCAACCCAGAACCACCGCAGACCACCAUGGCCACUGAGCAAACAAACUCUGCCGAUACCACAGCCACUACGUUUGACGCCAGGGAACCAACGAAAACCCUGCUCUCUGUCAACAUGAGCAACGUAACCAAGCUCAUCUCGACAAAUUAUAUUACCUGGAGUCUUCAGAUCCGUGCUCUCCUUGAAGGGCACAAACUAGACUGCUUCAUCACUGACGACGGUGUUGUUCCCCCUGCCAAAAUCGACAAUACCGGCGUACUUGUUGACAAUCCGGCGUUUGCUAACUUCAAGCAACAAGAUAGACUCUUGUUCAGUGCCAUACUUGGCACCAUCUCUCUUAAUCUCCAACCUGUUGUUGCGCGAUCAACCUCUAUCCGCGAUGCUUGGAAGACGAUCUCGAACAUCUAUGGAAAGGCGUCCAGAGGACAUCUUCUCCAACUCAGAGAACAAGUCAAAAGAUGUAUAAAAGGCUCGCAAACAGUGGACGAAUUCAUCAGAUUUGUGACCACAAAAUCUGAUGAACUAGCCAUUCUCGGGAAACCUCUAGAUCACGAGGAUAUUCUCGACGCUAUCAUCAGUGGACUGCCAGAAGAAUACAAACCAGUUGUGGAUAUUAUCCAAGCUAAGGAUGUGGCAGUUUCGAUUGAAGAGUUUUAUGAGAAACUUCUGCAACAUGAGGCCAAGCUAGCAACGACAGCCAACUCUUUCCUGGGGAACUUUCCAGCUACAGCCAAUGUAGCACAUGCUCGGGGAAGACAGAACUAUCGCGGCUCGGGACGUGGACAGCAAUGGAGUCGUUUUGGACAGACUCCCUCCAAAGGGUAUCAAGGGAAAUGCCAAGCAUGUGGUGUUUUCGGGCAUAGUGCUCAGCGUUGCUAUCUUUUCAGACUUGUCUCAGCCUCAGACAAUGCUGGUCAAGGUCCACCACCUACUUCCCCUUGGCAAGCGUCACCAAGACCAUGGCAACCCACUGCUCAUGAUACUGCUAUGUCAGCUACGACUCCUCGCCAUGGCUACUUGAUAGUGGAGCCUCCCACCACAUCACAUCAGACCUCCACAACUUGGCCCUUCAUCACCCAUACCGUGGUGGAGACGAUGUUCUCAUAGGAGAUGGUGAAGGAUCUAAGCACGGGGGCAAAAAUUCUCAAAGGAAAAACUAGUGGCGGUGUCUAUGAGUGGCCGGUUUCUCCGUCUACACCUAGUCCUAUGGUUUUAUCUAGUCAAAAGUCCACUUUGUCCGAGUGGCAUUCACGCCUUGGUCACCCAUCACCACUUAUUCUUCAACGCGUUUUGUCUUCCUUUGGUUUGCCAUUA